AAACACAACCUUCCGCCUCUGCAAUAAUCAAGUUCUCCAAGCCCUGGACGAGAUAAACAUCAAGUGAAGCAUGAUUUACUUACUCAACUUCCAAGCACCCUUCAAAUUUGCUUAACAUGUCUAUGGUGAUAAGUACAAUGAAAGGAUCUACGAGACCGCUGCAAGUAGCAGUAGUAUUAGCAAUGGCAACACCAGGAUCUAUCGAGAUGAUGAUACUGACGCUAAUAAAUACAGCGCAUCCCUCCACAUUCACCCAAAGACCAUCAAGCACUAACCGCUUUCAUCUUUUCAGUGAAUUCGACGUUUCGCAAAACUUUUGUUAUCUUAAAGAGAUGUCAAUUCCAGGCAACUGUAUGCUUUCAUGGAAAGCAACGUCCAUCAUAUCUUGUAUGGUCCCCAUUUGUUUUGUGAACAUAUUGUAUCCAAAUGAUUCCUAACCGUUUUAUUUCUUUAACUAAUUAUAUAUUUUAAUCGUCCAUUCGAUGAUGAACAUGCGCGUAUAUCAUACAUGAUGAUUCACAUAUCUACUAUAGCUGUUGAAGUAGCUAAAUAUCAAUUCAGUUUUACCAUAAC